GCCCGCGCGCGGACAGCGCUGCUCUUCGCGGGAUCCUUGGCCACGACAGCAGAUCCAUUUUAUAGUAGUACUUUGAGGAUGAAUGUUUUCAAACCAUUUUAAAAUUGCCACACAUCACAUAUAUGGGAUGCAUACUGCUCUUAUCUUGGCGUUCUCUUCUGUGGCUUGGAUUUAUCAUGGUAGCAUUUGUCUUCAGUUUGUGUGUUAGCUAGAAAUCAAGAAAAGACAUGAGGAGAUUUGUUUACUGCAAGGUGGUUCUGGCCACUUCACUGAUGUGGGUUCUUGUCGAUGUCUUCCUACUCCUGUACUUCAGUGAAUGUAACAAGUGUGAUGACAAAAAGGAGCGAUCACUGCUACCCGCACUGAGGGCCGUUAUUUCAAGAAACCAAGAAGGUCCAGGAGAAAUGGGAAAAGCUGUGCUAAUUCCUAAAGAUGAUCAAGAGAAAAUGAAAGAACUGUUCAAAAUCAAUCAAUUUAAUCUUAUGGCCAGUGAUCUGAUUGCCCUUAACAGAAGUCUGCCGGAUGUAAGAUUGGAAGGAUGCAAGACAAAAGUCUACCCUGAUGAACUUCCAAAUACAAGUGUAGUCAUUGUGUUUCACAAUGAAGCGUGGAGCACCCUCCUAAGAACUGUUUAUAGUGUUAUAAAUCGCUCCCCACACUAUCUACUGUCUGAGGUCAUCUUGGUAGAUGAUGCCAGUGAAAGAGAUUUUCUCAAGCUGACAUUAGAGAAUUACGUGAAAAAUUUAGAAGUUCCAGUCAAAAUUAUCAGGAUGGAAGAGCGCUCGGGGUUAAUACGUGCUCGUCUUCGAGGAGCAGCUGCUUCAAAAGGGCAGGUCAUAACUUUUCUGGAUGCACACUGUGAAUGCACAUUAGGAUGGCUGGAGCCCUUGCUGGCAAGAAUAAAGGAAGACAGAAAAACAGUUGUGUGCCCUAUCAUUGAUGUGAUUAGUGAUGAUACUUUUGAAUAUAUGGCUGGGUCAGAUAUGACUUAUGGAGGUUUUAACUGGAAACUGAAUUUCCGCUGGUAUCCUGUUCCCCAAAGAGAAAUGGACAGGAGGAAGGGAGACAGAACAUUACCUGUCAGGACCCCUACUAUGGCUGGUGGCCUAUUUUCUAUUGACAGAAACUACUUUGAAGAGAUAGGAACAUACGAUGCAGGAAUGGAUAUCUGGGGUGGAGAGAAUCUUGAAAUAUCUUUUAGGAUUUGGCAGUGUGGAGGCUCUUUGGAGAUCGUGACUUGCUCCCAUGUUGGUCAUGUUUUUCGGAAGGCAACACCAUACACAUUCCCUGGUGGCACUGGUCACGUAAUCAACAAGAACAACCGCAGACUGGCAGAAGUUUGGAUGGAUGAAUUUAAAGACUUCUUCUAUAUCAUCUCCCCAGGUGUUGUCAAAGUGGAUUAUGGAGAUGUGUCAGUCAGAAAAACACUAAGAGAAAAUCUGAAGUGUAAGCCCUUUUCUUGGUACCUAGAAAACAUCUAUCCUGACUCCCAGAUCCCGAGACGUUAUUACUCACUUGGUGAGAUAAGAAAUGUUGAAACCAAUCAAUGUUUAGACAACAUGGGCCGCAAGGAAAAUGAAAAAGUGGGUAUAUUCAAUUGUCAUGGCAUGGGAGGAAACCAGGUGUUUUCUUAUACGGCUGACAAAGAAAUCAGAACUGAUGACUUGUGCUUGGAUGUAUCCAGACUCAAUGGACCUGUAAUUAUGUUAAAAUGCCACCACAUGAGAGGAAACCAGCUGUGGGAAUACGAUGCUGAGAGACUCACCUUGAGACAUGUUAACAGUAACCAGUGUCUCGAUGAACCCUCUGAAGAAGAUAAAAUGGUGCCCACCAUGCAAGACUGUAGUGGAAGUAGGUCCCAACAAUGGCUGCUGAGGAACAUGACCUUGGGGGCUUGAAGACCAUUUUCCCCAAGCCAUGAAAGUGUCUACACUUUUAUUUUUUCCAUUAUUUCCAUUAGAGGAAAAUACUAACUUUGCUGAAUUGAAAGUUUUAAAAUUCUUUUUUAGUAUUCUAAAACACAGUUAUCAUUCAUUUUUAGAAAUGUUUAUUUCCCUACUAAAAUUUGUAUCUGAUUGAAGAGCACAUUAAUAAAACAUGAAUAAUAGUAAACUGUUACUAAACAUUGGAACAAUUUGAAAAACAAAGUUUUUGCUUUACAAAAAAGUCCUUAUUGUCCUAUGUCAUAGGAUUAGUUAGGGAGAAGGUAUUUUAUUUUUCGUCAUCACAGUGAUUGAAAAAAUAAUGUAACUGCCUUAUAAAACAUCUUCAUUUUGAAAUAUUAAUUGCUUUAUAAACUCACUACAUGAAAUUCAUGGAAACAUGUUGAAUUCCUAUGUCAACAACAGGACUACGUAUUGGAUUAUGAACCCUGAACUCAUGGUACAAAAUGUUAGGUUCCAAAUUUUGUAUCAGGAAAAUAUUAAAUAGGAUAAUGAUUUUGUAGAAUCCUUACAAAGCAUCAUGUUUAAACAAAGAAAGAAAAUAAAAAUUCAAAAAUUCCAUUUCAAUAAGCAACUUAAAUUCCAAUCAAAUAGGAAGAAAUUAUACAGAUGUUGAGGUUUAGGAUGAAGCUAAACUGAAACAAGUGUUGUAAGAUAUUGUAGCUGGGUCACUGUCAUUCUUGAGACAAGUUUAGAACAACAACCCUGCUCCCAGAGCUGAUGUCACAGACUCAGGACUCAGCAGUAUUGUGUUUUCAUAAACCCUGCCCUAUUUUGUCUCUCUGAAUGCUGUGGUUUGUAACCAACAUUGUAAUAGAACUAAAGUGAAGGGUAGAGUUUUAGCAUAAUGUCCAACUCUUUCUCUUUUAAAGAUUAUAGUUAAUUCAUUUUUGUCACUUUUGCUUUGUGUUAAAAAAUAUAUUGCAAUCAGAUUUUCAUUCCUGCGCUGUGACAUCAUUCUAUAAUUUUAUCACUAGGAGAGUAAACUCAAUGCACACUCAUUAAACAUUUAUUCUCAUUAGACUGCCAAGUAUCAUUUGCCAUAAAUUCUGGCUCAAAGAAUACAUUAAUAAUUAGGCUAGUUUUACAAAUUCUCUCCAUCUAAAAAGUCUUGUUCAAAAUACACAAAUAGUUCAUAUGAAAAUGAAGAUGAUUCUAUAAAUGAGAUUUUUUUACUAGUAAGGUUUUUUAUUUGACACCAUAUUAAAUUCUUAAAUUUCCUAAAUUUUUGAGUAAAAGAUUAAAUGUUAGCGCUUUUACUUUUCAGAAUAUAGGCUCAAAUUUACAUCAAACUUAAAAUGGAAGCUGAGAUUCCCAAGACAUAGUGACUGACAGCCUUUAAUUGAUUAUGUCUUUUUGAGUCAGCUGAGACUCUAAUAAUCCCAUUUCUCAUCUUUACUUUUUUUUUCCUUCUCUUUUCUUAUCAUCUUGACUAAAACAGGGUAAAAUAUUAAUGUGCAACAUAAAAAGCUUAAACUUUGUAGGAUUCCUUUAUUUAACAGGUGUCACUUCUUUGUCGCUCAAAAUGCAUAUAUUGCCAAGAAAAUGGUGAAUGAUGAAUUCUCUAAAAUAUAGCUACUUCGUGGAAACUGAAUUGUAUUCAUUUUGGUGUAUUUUAAAUAAUUGAGAGUGUAUCUGUGGUCACUGUGAAAAUACAAGAAAAUCUAACGGCUUAUGUUUCAAGCGAAGAAGAUUUUUUCAGAGACUUCAGCUGUCUUUAUACAUGCCAACAUAGGUCUAACAAAUUUAAAAAAAUGACAUACAAUAUUAUAAAACACUCAAAACCCUGGAAGCAAUGAUUAACAUUGUUUUGUUGGGUUUUAUUUUUUUCCCAAAAAAAUGCUUGCGAUACUGAGAAUUAAAAGCAUGGUGAAAUUUGUAGUGCAUUCGUCUUACAUAGCACUUAUCUAUUGAGCUGACUAAGAAAUAUUUCAAAUUGUUUCAAACCAUCCUCUUCUGUGCCCUUUCUCAUCGGAGCUAAUGCAACUUCAGCCUUUCCAGAUGCUCAUAUGAAAAAUCUAUUGGCUUCUCCUCUUUUAAUUUUAAUCCAUCACAAAGUUCCCUCGAUGCUUCCUUUAAAAUGUAUCCACAAGCCAACGGUUUGCCACCACAUCCACAUUGGCAUUACUACUUAUAUUCUUUUUUUUUUUGCAAAAUGUUUAUAAUUUUUGAGCAACUUUUGCCAAUAGUUGUCUCUUUUUCUCAAUGGAAUAGCCAGAGUGGUUCUGUUUAAUAUGAAUUUCACUGUGGCAUUUCACAUGCAUGGUCCUCCGAUCGAUUUUCAUCUGUCAUCAAUUGUAUUUGAUUUAUUUAUUUAUUCAUUUAAUUUUUGUUCUUGUUGUU